ACGGAAAACCCCAGGUCUACGAAAAGCUCCGAGCCGGACGAGCCACCCGAAUUCUUUCCCUCCCCCCUCUCCCACCAAGCAGCGCCGGCCACCACCAAGCAGUGUAGCCGCCGCCUCCGCCGCCAGUGCCUCCCCCCACCGAUCUAUAGGCCGAUUGAAUACACUUGCAUACAAUCUCUGCAACUCUCGCCCUCCAAUCCGAAAUCCACUGAAAUCACUGCAAACCUUCUGGUGGAGGAAUAUUUUGAGCGAUGGGGAAGAACGAGUUCCUGACGCCGAAGGCGAUCGCGAACCGGAUCAAAGCGAAGGGGCUACAGAAGCUGCGGUGGUACUGCCAGAUGUGCCAGAAGCAGUGCCGCGACGAGAACGGCUUCAAGUGCCACUGCAUGAGCGAGAGCCACCAGCGCCAGAUGCAGAUCUUCGGCCAGAAUCCCAUGCGCAUCGUUGACGGCUACUCUGAGGAGUUCGAGACCUCCUUUCUCGAGCACAUGAAGCGCAGCCACCGCUUCAGCCGCGUGGCCGCCACCGUCGUCUACAACGAGUACAUCAACGACCGCCACCACGUCCACAUGAACUCCACCGAGUGGGCAACGCUCACCGAGUUCAUCAAGUACCUGGGCCGCACCGGCAAGUGCAAGGUCGAGGAAACCCCGAAGGGUUGGUUCAUCACCUACAUCGACCGAGACUCCGAGACGCUUUUCAAGGAGAGGAUGAAGAACAAGCGAAUCAAGGCCGAUUUGGUGGAGGAGGAGAAGCAAGAGCGCGAAAUUCAGAAGCAGAUUGAGCGGGCCGCCGAGCUGUUUGUGCCGCUCGCGACCGAGUCUCAGGCGGCCUCUGAGCCGGUGAACGAAUUGAAAUCGGAGGCAGAAGUUAAGGUCGGUUUCGUGCUCGGCUCCUCGGGAAAACCGAAACUGAAAGAGCUGGGGGAGAGCUCGAAAUUGGUGUUCGAUGAGGCGGAUAACGAUAAGAACGAGAAGAGAAAUCAAUCGGCGAAGAGUAAAUCAGCUUUGGAGGAGUUGAUGUGGGAGGAGUUGAUGAAGAAGGAGCGGAUUAACCGGAAGGACUAUUGGUUGAGCGAAGGGAUCGUUGUGAAGGUGAUGAGCAAAGCGUUGGCCGAGAAGGGCUACUAUAAGCAAAAGGGCGUGGUGAGGAAAGUGAUCGAUAAGUACGUUGGGGAGAUUGAAAUGCUUGAGAGCAAGCACGUGCUGAGGGUGGAUCAGGCGGAGCUUGAGACGGUGAUUCCGCAGAUUGGGGGACUCGUGAGGAUAGUGAAUGGGGCCUAUAGGGGAGCGACUGCCAAGUUGUUGGGUGUGGACACGGACAAGUUCUGCGCAAAGGUGCAGAUAGAGAAGGGUGCUUAUGUUGGUAGAGUGCUUAAAGCUGUUGAGUAUGAGGAUGUUUGUAAAGUUGCCCAGUGAGGUUUGAUACUAAAUUUAAAUUAUAUUUAAUGGAGAUGCUUAUGAUGGAAUCA